GGCGAUACCUACUGUGCGUCACUGCUAGUGCGCGUCCCCUCCUCCUUAAAUUACGUAUUUGUCGCCCACCCUGCUAAAUAACGGGUAUAUCCUAGCUCCCAGUGAAAUAGCCACUCUAUUUUACCACUGUCUCUUGGUUUGAAGACUCGGGGAUAGUACAGCUAUGCGGCGCACAUUAUAAUCUGCCAUUGUUUAGUGCAGUUUUGCACGCGCUUGUGUUUACAGCAUCUCACGAGCAGCGCGUGGGAUAUCGAGUCAGUAUUAAAGCCCUUUCGCUUUUAACCAUGGCAAGCAACGCGCUCCACAGAUUCGUUUGCCUUUGUCGAUACCUACAGGAUCCCUGCCAUGUCGCCAGAUUCCAGCAGCUCUGCGGCGUCCGCGGGACAUUUUCUAAAAAACCAGCCGAGGCUGGCGAGAGUGACGAGGAGCCCGGGGUCAACGGUGCUUGCGUGGGGCAAUGUCAGGGAGACCGCGCGGCUAGUGUUGGGGAUCCAGCACACGGACUAACGGGCCAAAGGCUGAGAAAAAGUUUAAAUGCUGCUGGAAAUGUUGAACAGGACGAGGGUUCCGCUGCUUUUCUCAACGGACCGUCGGAGCGAGACACAGAGAGGGACUCCAAAGGGACAGUGAAGCCUUUACGCAGGAACUCAUUGACUGGUGAUGUUGGCCAGGAGUUCAUCAUCGAGAACAAGUUUCUCUUCUAUCUCUUUACCAUCGGCACCGAGCUGGGCAACGAGAUGUUCUUCAUCGUGUUCUUCCCCUUCUUGAUGUGGAACGUCGACCCUUAUGUGAGCCGGCAGCUGAUCGUGGUGUGGGCCUGGGUGCUGUUCCUCGGCCAGUCCACCAAAGAUCUGGUCCGCUGGACCCGUCCCGCCUCUCCUCCUGUGGUCAAAGUGGAGGUGUUCUACAACACGGAGUACAGCAUGCCCUCCACACACGCCAUGUCCGGCACCGCGCUGCCCUUCUGUCUGUUCCUGCUCACGUGCAGCCGGUGGCAGUACCCAUUCAUGUUUGGAUUGAGCAUCGCUCUGUUCUGGAGUGUCCUCGUGUGCAUCAGCAGGAUUUAUAUGGGCAUGCACUCUGUCCUGGAGGUGAUCACAGGCUUCCUCUACAGUGUGCUCAUCCUGGCGGUCCUUCAGCCCAUGCUGCAUGACAUCGACACCUUCUACCUGUCCCACAGCUACGCCCCUCUGAUCGUUCUGCUUCUGCAUGUUGGCUUCAGCUUGGUGGCCUUCUCAUUGGACUCAUGGAGCACCUCCCGUGGUGACACGGCCCAAGCCUUGGCCACAGCUGCCGGAGCAGCGUUAGCAUCCCGCCUGAACCACCAACUGGGUCUGCAUCCAGAUCCCCCUGAAGAAGCUCUUCCGCUCACUCUGCCCCUGAUCGAUGGGGCUUUAUUGACACGUUCCAUCAUGCGGCUCCUGGUAGGAGUGGCCGUGCUUCUUGCCGUCAGGGCUGCCAUGAAGGUGGUGGCAAUCCCUCUGGCAUGCAAGAUCUUUGGCGUGCCUUCGGAUGAUGUGCGGAAGGCUAGACAACACGCGCACCUGGAACUCGCAUACCGGUUUAUGGUCUACGGCACAGUGGCUUACUGCUGCGUUUUCCUGGUGCCACUUCUCUUCGGCUUCCUUGGCUUAUCCUGAAGAAAAUCCCUCUGUCCGGUCUUGUUAUUAUUUGAUUUUUAUCCAAAACUAAAACAAACUUGGAAAAGCCUUUUGGUUGCAAACACAUAUGAUGUUCAUGAUUUCGAUCAUUUCACCAGCUCCAUUUCCAUGCUAAUUUAUUUUGCUUGUUUUGAAACAUUUGAACAGGGUUUUUGGCACAUUUGCUGCCAACAGUGGGUAAUCAGACAGCUUGAUAGUGAGUGCGCCUGAUGUCAUGAUCUUCAUAGGACCUGUUCAAAGCUCCUGACUGUUUAUAGCCAUACUUAAAAAGGUUUCAAAUGUUUCCUGCAUUUGUCUUUAGUGUUUUUCCCUCAGCAGACUGACAUCCACCCAUCCUGGACCCUUGUUCAUUUAUCUUGCUCAACAAUACGUAGGAUUGUUUCUCGCUGUACAGACUCAGUCUGUGGCCCUUCCCAUCUGUUUUCAUUCUUCUGAAGCAAACUGACCUGAGUGAACCCCCAUGUCAGUUAUUUGAAUCCUUGUCAUGGUUUUCUCACAAGGGCUCAUUCGAAUAACAAUUUGUAAUUUGUGUUCUUCCUAGGGCUUGUUUCUUCUCUUGUGGGUCUAUUCCAGAUCAGUGCUGUGGCUCUAAUGGUUCAUUCAGUGGUUCAGGAAAGACACUCCAAAAUCUGAGAGGUGUAGAAGGUUGUUCUUAUCUAAAAACCGGUUGAGCUCACUCCUCACAAUAAGCGGUAAUGCAUUGAGAGCAUGAGAGGAGGGAACUUCCUGUCAGUAUGAAUGCUGUAUACAUGAACUUCCAUUAGAUGUGUAGCUCUGAAACCCAAGCUAGGAAAAGACAAGAUGAGAUAUGAAUGCAG